AUGCUCCCAGAAGAACUUAAUAGACUCGAAUAAAUGAUGGAAAAUGGCUUCAGUUAGGAAAAAAUAUCCCAAAAUUCAGUUGGAUUUGGCCUUGGGUUAUAUAUGUCAAACACUUAUGCCCGAAAACUAACUUUCGAAAAUGAAAAGAAAUCUCUUUUUUUCGAUUCUGAAAAAGGCAAAGGUUUAAAAUGCUGGUUUUUUAUUGAAGAUAUGAAUAAUAUUGAAAAAAACAUUAAAAACGUUAAAAAAAUUCUAAUAGUUGAUGAUGAACCUUUCAAUGUUUUUGUACUUAAAGGCCUUUUUAAAACUCUUGGAUUAGAAAAGUAUGUAAUUGAAGCUUUUAAUGGUAAAUAAGCUAUUGAAUAAAUUAUUUAUUAAGCCAGUAUGAAAUGUAAAAGAAAUGAAGAAAAAGGGUAUAAAAUCGGAAUUAUUAUUAUGGAUGUUAAUAUGCCUGUUUUAGACGAUUGUUUAAAUGCUGGAAUGGAUGCAGUUUUGACAAAACCUUCUUAAAGAGAUAAUUUGAUUUCUGUAAUUGAAUAGUUUUAUUUAAAUUAAUGUUGA